AUGAAAGGAAUUUUAGUAACUUUAUUUUUACUUCGGAUAUUCACUCCGUGUGUUGGACUAACUAAAGAAGCUAUGGAAGAAUUACAAGAGAUUCCUGAGUAUGCGGAGUAUCUAAAUAAAAUGGGAUACCCUAAGAAAAAUGUUUCACUGCCAAGAGUAUCAGCCCCUUCACCUAACUUUGCCACAUUUCCUUUUGAAAACCUUCCUUCGCUUUGUAAUGAAACCCCCAGGGAUAUAUAUGGACAUGUGUUUUGUUGGGGUCUGAUUUGCCUAUAUAUUAUGCUUAUAGCAAGUUUAAUUAUUUACCAACUUCGCUCAAUUUUUUGGUUAAAAACUUAUAAAAAUAAUGUACAACACCCAGAUAACAGCAAUAUUGAGGUCAAACCCACAAACCAGCCACCUAUUCCAAGGAUGCUUCCCGUGUAACAAUUUACCCCAACCUUUAGUAGGGAAAGUUUUAGUUGUAAACUUGGACCCCCAAGAAUAUCAAGGUUCCCACUGGAUUUCAAUUUAUGUACAAACAAAUGGACAAGUAGUCUACUUUGAUAGUUUAAAUUUACCCACAAGCAUAUGCAUUAUUGAUUCAUUUUUAAAAGGUUUUUCUGUUGUUGUUAGGAAUUUGAAAGGAUACCAGUCUUUUACUUCUGAUUGUUGUGCUCACCAUUGUAUUUCUUUUAUUUAUUUUCUUUCGAAAGGCUAUACUUUCACCCAAUAUCUUAAAAUGUUAGACAAGAUUAAUGACCCUGAUAUAUUUGUGCAAAACAUUGUAAAUAAAAUGAU